AUGAAUAACUUACUAUUUUUCUUUGCACCUCAGAUGGAGAACUACAAUUCUAAUGGAACUUUGAAUGUUGAUGGGAGCUCCAAUGCUCCAGUUUCUGUUGUUACUGAUAAUGGAGAGACAAUGACAAAUGUGAUCAAUCCAAAUAUUCCAGAAAAUGAAGGUGAAGUGCGAGAUAGUGAAGUUGAUAGGAGGAAUUUUAUUUAUCAACAUAGAGUUAUUGGACAAGCCAUUUUGGAAUUCCGAGAGUAUGCUCGUGCUGGAUUUAGAGCAAUACCUCCUCUGUUAAACAUUAAUCUGCAUAUAUAUGAGGCGACCAAUUCAACAUGUCUUGAGACGAAGGAGCAUUGUUGCAUAUGCUUGGAGGAGUAUUGUGACAAAGAAGAACUUGCAAGAAUUGAUUGUGGCCAUAUGUACCAUAUGGAUUGUCUCAAAGAGUGGAACAAGAUUGUGAACACUUGCCCCGUCUGCAGGAGGAGAGUGGCGGUUAUUUGCCAUUUUGCAUUGAGAUUCCGUACUUACCUUGGUCGCUUGGCUGCAACUAAUCAGCUUAGGUCGGGCUCAGUGAACUGA